AUGACACACGCCAAGUUGCGUAUUGAAGAACCAACGUCACCUGCGCAUCAGGAGGAAGAAGAAAAUCAUGAAGACCACGAAGAGCUUGAGUCUCGUGCAUCUCGCUCGCGGGCAGGCAGUAAUACCAGCCAGCGAAGUGCUAGUAGCAGUAUUUACGACUAUCUAGACGCUCUGGAAAGCGAGAGUGCAGUCCAGCUACCGUCUAUCACAAGUCGAGCGUCAAGUGCACCUUUGUAUCGUGCUAGACACACAAGAAGAACGUCAAAGGAGUCUGCAUGGGAGAACGGCUCAAGACGUACAAACGGCAGCAGUGUCAACUCCCCGCUGCACUCAACUCGCUCCGCUUUCAGUAGCCGAGACGACGGCAAUAACUCGCAUCAAUACUAUGUCGGUAUCAAGGAAAAGUUGGCAACAAUAACGAUCGAGUUGAAUGACAAGACGAAAACUAUUGAGCUACUGAAGAUGGCUCGUAAGAAAGAUGCCGCUAAGACCAAGCAACUAUUGGCAGAAGCGGAAGAGCACAUGAAAGAAGCACUUGCUGCACAGCAACAGAAAUUCAACAAAGAACUCGAAAAGCAAAUGGAUUUCGCGCAAAACCUUGUGACAGAAAAGUCUAAACUGGCAAAGCGAUGUGAAGAGUUAGUGGCCGAGGUUCAGAAAGCUAAAGCCGAUAACGCACGCGAAGUUGAGCGCUUUAAGCUGAAGCUGAAGGAUGCCAAGGAGCGGUGGACAGUGCAGGAAAAAGUUCGCCGAGACCAGUGGAUCGUCAAGAAGACGGAGGAGAUCAAGAAAUCGACCGUCACCGCGUUGGAGCCUGACAUCCAGAUCAUUCUCGCUAAAGGCAAGACAGAUCUGGAGAAAGCACGCGAGGCUGCCCGUGAAGAACGUCGAAAACUGCAGAUACAGUUAGAAAAAGAGCGUGAUGUCGCGUUGCAGCGCUUGAAAGACGACUAUGAACGAAAAUUGGUCGAGGCAAGAGAGAAGGAACGUGGUAAAUUCAUGACGCGCUUAGAUGCCGCUGACGCGGAGUUGCAGCAACAGCUCAGUACGCAACGUCGACGACUACAGGAAGAGGGCGAGGCAACAAGAAAUGAAUUAUAUGCCGAAAUGCGCGCAGCCAAGUUGGCACAUGCCAAAGAAUUGGACGAACUUAAAGCGUUGCAUAUGCAGAAACUACAGACUGCAGCCGAGAAGAUGCAGAAGGAGAAACAAGAGAUUAUGGCCAAGUAUGAGAGCGAGUUUAUGGCUCUACGGGGACAAAUGAGUGUCGAAUGUGAGCAGUUCAAGGCGCAACUUACCAUUAAACUACGCGAUGAAAUGAGUAAAGAAAAACAGGAAUUGGAGAAGCAAAUGUUGCAGUCUCGUGAUGCAAAGAUCGAGUUGGUGAUUGAGAAACUCCAGGAAGAAAGCAGACAGAUGGUCGAGCGUGCUGAGCGGAAGGCACAGAAGAAGUUCAGCCACGAUCGAGCCGAGUACGAGCGUAAACUCAAACAAACAGGCGAGAUCGAGGGCGUGUGGAUGGAAAAGAACCGCGAACUGCAUGAAAAAUUGAGCAAGCUGGAGCGACAACACGACGAGUUGAGGCGCGAGAACGAAGCGCUUGGACAGGACUUGCACCAGGCAAGCGACAAAACGAGCGACUUGGCACGUCGUCUGCACGAAGAGCGAAGGCAACACGAAGCCUCCGUGGCGCAACUGGAGAAGCGCUGCAUCUCUUUACAGACCGACAGCGAGUACACUCAACAGCAACAGAGCGUUGAGGUCACGUCCCUCCGUGAGAAACAGGCAAGUAUGGAAAGUCAUUUCCAACAGCAAGUCCAAAAGUUGCGUGAUGAACACGACACGGCGUUGGCAAAUUUGCAUGAACGUGUAAAGGCAACUGUUGCACGAAAAGAUCAGGCUAUUGCUGAGUUUCAGGAGGAACUCCAUUUGUUGCAAGUCAAGCUGGACAAAAGUCACGCUCUCAUCGAAGAGCAACGUUUGCAACUUUUCAGUUAG